AUGACUCGCAAUUUCUCCACGUUCCAUCGUCAUGGGCUGUGUAUCGCCCCUUCUAAGCGCUUUUCGUGCCGACCCCUCUCGAUCGUGUCGAGUUCAGCUGAGCAGUUGAACCAAAGACGCCAUGUUCCUUCUUUCGCUGCUGCUCCGGUAGAUCUCCUCGCUUCUGUGGGGAACACGCCGCUGCUUGAACUUACGACUUUGUCAACGCUCACGGGCUGCAAACUAUUCGCCAAAGCCGAGUACACAAAUCCAAGCGGCAGUAUCAAGGACCGUGUGGCCAAGUCGCUCAUUCUCGAUGCAGAAGAGCGCGGUGUGCUUGAGCCGGGAGGAACAAUCAUUGAGGCUACAGGAGGCAGCACGGGGGUCUCCUUGGCCUUGCUUGGAGCUUCUCGAGGCUACAAGACCCAGCUGACAAUGCCGGAUAUCACAGCGAGCGAAAAGGUGCAGAUGAUGAAAGUUAUGGGUGCACAAGUACAUGUGCUGCCGACGACAUGCAUGUCGGACAAGAACCACUUCUUUCAUGUCGCGCGAUAUCUUGCAGAGACAACGCCGAACGCGUACUGCCCGGACCAGUUCGACAAUAUUGCCAACAUGCGGGCGCACUACGAGGGCACGGCACCUGAAAUUUGGACACAGGUUCAAGGAAGGAUUCACGGAUUCGUGACGUCAGCUGGAACGUCGGGAACGAUCGCAGGAAUGUCGAGAUUUUUUAAGGAGCGUAACCCGGAUGUGCAGGUGUGGCUCAUUGACCCGGAAGAGACUGCGGCCAUGUCUGCGUUUGUCAACAACGGUCGCUUGACAAGUACGAUGGAAAACGGAUUCGAGAUUGUGCCCAUGGCUAAAGGAUGGACCAUUGCAGAAGGUGUCGCUGCGCUGUCGCAUGUGACAAACAACUUACGCGAGUCGAUCGUUGAUCGGGGGAUUACUGCUACGAAUCAGGAGAUUGUCGACAUGAGCUACUUCUUGCUGCGAAACGACGGCAUUUUCGUAGGGCCUAGCAGCGCGCUCAAUGUUUUGGGAGCGGUAAAGAUGGCGCGUGAGCUUGGUCCAGGCCACACUAUCGUGACGAUCCUGACCGACGGCGGUGUUCGCUACGGCAGCAAACUGUAUAACGAGGCAUGGCUCAAGGAACACAACUUGCUUCCUCAGGAAGCUGAGGCCAAGAAAGGCUCAUUGCCACUGGACUUUGUGGGAGGGGUCAAGUAUCCGAUGACAGUCUAG